AUGAUGGCGGACGCAUAUUUGUAUGCUCUGCUCGUCGAGCUCGAAGAAAACAACGUACCCAGACUUAAAAACAAAUUGGUGAAAUACUUUCAAAGUAAGAAAUCUAACGGUGGCGACUGUGAGGUUGAAUAUGAAAACGGCAGCAGGACGGCGGUGCUACGCUUCCGCAGAGAGGAGGACCAACAAAAUGUGUUGUGCAAAGAAUCGCAUCAGAUCAGUUUGGAUAAAGGCUUGUUGAAGAUGACAGUGCGCUUACCUACAGAUGAGACAACAACACGGGAAGCUCCAUCUGAUGAACUCAACAACAAAUUGGAUGUUGCUGUAAACAUCAAGACAUCGAGCCCAGAUGAACGCAUGCCUGCAGUCGAUGUUCAGACAGAGGCGAGAGGAGGUAGAGAUGAUGAGGCGGCUGGAGAAGAGCUGUGCUGCACUUCGGCAGUUUUAGGAAACAUUCCAGAGACGUUAAACCAAGAGUUUUUGGAGAUGCUGGUGGAGAACGUUUUAAAGAAUCCUGACUCUCCAGCUGCCACCCAGAGCUUCACUUUGGAAGUCAUUCCUGACAUCUCCUCUGCUGUGGUGACUUUCCAGAGUGGAAAAGAAAACACUGAUUUCGUGACAAGAUGCCCCCAAAACAGGACGUUCACGAAGAAAGGACUAUCAGUAAGGCCUCUCGGCGUCACAGAGCUUGUUCUAAUCGAAGACAUACAAAAUUUUAGUGAGGACGUCCUCAGCCUUUAUUUAGAAAAUGCAGGUUGGGAAGUGGAGCAUGUUGCGCUUAUUGAAGAAGAACAGUCUGCCAUCAUCACCUUCAAAGACCAUAAAGCCGUUCAGAAAAUCAUUAAGAAAAAGCAUCACAUCAAGCAUGAAGAGAUCAAAGUUUAUCCUUACUAUAAAUCUUUGGGAACAGCCCUCUUCGGCAAGGACAAACCCCCACUAAAACUCCCUGCUGCUGUCUCUGAACCCAUUGACUAUGCUGUCUGGAAAUACUUAAAUGACAAUCAGUCAGAAGCAGAGGCCAUUCAAAGUCAGCUGGCAAAAGAUUUCUGCAACGUGAACCUCAACCAGCCAACUGUGUGCCUGAGCCCUGUAUCUUCACUACUACAGCAAAAGGAUGCCAAAGUCAUCAUCAAAGAGUGGAGAGACACUGUAAAGUCAGCCUUUGCACAAGCUCUGUCAAAAUUCAAAUCCCUGAAGCUUCAGCCAGAGCCAGAGGUAUGGGAAGAAUCUGAGGUGAAGAUCGAGCAGACGCUACUGAAUGAAGAUGUGGUUGUUGUGCCUGAUAAAGCCAAUGGUUUCUUAUUAGUGGGUGGCCUGGUGGCUGAUGUCAAUAGACUAGAGCAGACUCUUUGUGAAGUCGUAAGCAAGAUUGCCAAAAGGGUGCAGAGGGAGAAAUUUAGCGUGACCCAAGAGAUCAAAUUGUCACCAUCAAUUUUCCACAUCCUGUGUCAAAAUGGUCUUCAGGACAAGCUGCUACAUGUCUACCCAGACCUCAAAAUGUCAUAUAGAAAAGACAGUCCAGAUUUGAUCGUUACUGGCUUGAGGGAUGAGAUUUUGACAGCAAGCAAAGUCAUAUAUGAUGCAAUGUUUGCAUUAAAACGACAGAAUUUAGAAUUAGAUAACUAUGUUCUUGACUUGUUGAAGGAUGAACAACAAGAGGAGCUUACAGAUGCUCUCCUCAUAUCCCAAGGGAUAAAUGCAGCUUUUGAGAUCAAUGCAUACAGGUUGCAACUCCUUGCUGUUUCUGACAGAGAUCUGAAUGAUGCUGAGGAGCAUCUGCGGGGUCUGCUAAUAUCUCAAUACAUUGAUGUUGAAGACAGUAAUGUCCUGGACAAGCCAGAGUGGCAGGACCUGGUCACUGAAUUAGAGAAUGCCGACAAUGAGUCAUGCAGAAGAAUUGGAAUCCAGACCACUAAUCAACAAGUCGUGGUGUCUGGCCACAAGGACAGUGUCACAAGGGUUAGCAGUGAAAUUGCUGACUUCUUAAUGCAGAAUGCUCAAGUUGAAGAGACAGUUGUGGUCAAGGCUAAUGUCAUAGUUGAAUACAUUAAAAAACUUGACACAUAUUGGUUGGAGCAAGUGGAAGACAAAGUGAAGGUGUCUUAUAAAAAGGAGGCUGUCUGUCUUAGUGGCUCUAGAGUUGAUGUCACAGAGGGCAAGACCUUGGUUGAAAAACUGGUCUCUUCUUUGGUCUUUGAAGGUUUAAAGGUCUCCUUGCCUAGUGUGAAGAAGUUCUUCCAGGAUAAAGAAGCUAUGUAUGUUUCCUCACUGUUGAAUGAAACUGGCUGCCUGGUGCAGCUGGUUAAUGAGACGAGCGGUGGACAGGACGACUUGGCCCGAGGGCAAGUAUCAAAGCAUGUAUAUCAGCUUCAUACAGCUGAUGGAGUGGAAAUAGCUGUUCUCAAGGCAGAUAUGUGCAGCUACCCAGUCCAUGCAGUUAUCAAUGCUUCUAAUACAGUCUUAAAACAUAGUGGUGGUCUUUCAGGGGCACUUCUUAAGGCUGCUGGCCCUCAGUUGCAGGAUGAAUGUGACAGACUAAUUAAUGCGAAAGGACAUCUCAGGCCUGGAGAAUGUGUCAUAACUGGUGCAGGGGGACAGCUUUACUGCAAAAACAUCAUCCAUGCAGUGGGACCCAAGUUUGACCCUGCUCAUCCCCAGAGGUCUGUGGCGCUGUUAAAAAAUGCCGUCAAAGGAAGCUUGCAACUUGCUGAAGAACACAGCUGCGCCUCUGUGGCUCUGCCCGCCAUCAGCAAAAACCUUGGUUUUUCUCUCCAGUUAUGUGCAGACACCAUUAUCAAAGCAGUGAAGGAGCACUGUGAUGAGUAUGAUGACAUCAACCUGAAGAAGAUCCAUUUGGUGAACAAUGACGACAGCACUGUUCAGGCUAUGGAAGCAGCUGUCAGACGAGAGUUUGGGAAUCAUGGUAGUAGUCUUAAUCAACCAAAUCUCCCUACGCAAACCACCAAGUCUGACACUGUGAAACAUGUUGGAUCUGCUGACUGCUUGGUUGAAGUGCAGACCUCAGAGGGCUUGGGCGUCACUCUCAUGAAAGGACAUAUAGAGAAUGCCACGACGGAGGUGACCGUUAAUACUGCAUCUGAAGAUCUCAACCUGAACAGAGGGGCAGUUUCAAAUGCCAUCUUGGGUGCGGCCGGACCCGAUCUUCAGCAGUUGGUAACUGCAAAUAAGGCUCAUGGAAAUGUUGGUGAGGUCAUUGUUACUGAGGGCUGCAACCUGAUAAGCAAACAAGUCUUUCAUGCAGUUGCACCUCAUUGGGACAAAGGACAAGGCACAGCUGAAAAGACCUUGAGUGGCAUUUUCAAGGAUUGCUUGGACAAGGCAGAAGACAGUGGUCUGACCUCAAUAUCCUUCCCUGCCAUCGGCACAGGAAACCUGGGUUUCCCAAAAGACCUUGCAGCCUCAUUGAUUUUGGACGAAAUCUUAGCAUUUAGCAAGAGACAACCUAAGCACUUGAAGAAGGUUGUGAUCAUCCUUUACUCAGGAGAUGCAUCAACUAUCAAGGUCUUUGGUGAUGAAUUCAUGAAGAAAUUCCCAAAUGCCUCAGGUGGUACGAUGCCCAUGAGUUCUCCACAAAGUCAAGUGUCUCAAGGCCCCUUCUCUAAAGUUGUCUCGGGCUCAGGAAUGCAUGAGACCAAAAUGGGAGGUGUGGUUAUACAGGUGGUCACAGGAGACAUAACCAAGGAGACCACUGAUGUCAUCGUCAACUCCUCCAAUGAGUCAUUUUCUCUUAAGUCAGGAGUAUCGAAGGCCAUUCUUGAUGCAGCUGGUCAGGCUGUUGAAGCAGAGUGCCAAAAACUCGGUGCCCAGGCCAACCCAGGCAUGAUACUAACCCAGCCAGGCAACCUCAAGUGUAAGAAGAUCCUCCACCUGGUUGGACAGACGGACCCAAUAAAAAUCAAAAGGGUUGUGAAAGAUGCACUUCAAAUGUGUGAGAAAAACUCACACACAUCUGUCUCAUUUCCUGCCAUUGGCACAGGUCAAGGCAAUGUGCAGGCACAGCAGGUGGCGGACGCCAUGUUGGAUGCAGUGGUUGAUGUGUUGACCCAAAACACUUCCAGCCCCUUGAAGACCAUUCGGAUAGUUAUUUUUCAGCCACCCAUGCUAAAAGAUUUCUACAACAGCAUGCACCAGAGAGAAGCCACUGAUCCAAAAGAUAAAACAGGCUUCUGGGGAAACAUAGGCUCCAAAAUUAAAUUAUUAUUUAAUAGUGGAAGCCCUGAAAAGCCACAGAAAGAUGGCGAUUUUGUCAUCGAGCCUCUGAAAGUUGACCCCUCUUCCUUCCACAUCUGUGGCGAAUCGCAGGCAAGAGUAGACGCAGCCAAGAAGUGGAUCAACGACCUGUUAUCUAAGGAACAAAACAGCAUCUGCAUUUCAGACAACACCAUCCUUAGCUUCUCCGACACAGACCACCAGCGCAUCGUUGACAUCCAGAAGACCAUGGGUGUCACAAUAAGGACAGAGAGCAAGAAAUCCCAGGUCUCAGUCACCAUUGAGGGGCUCAGCAAGGAUGUGCUCAAAGCCAGCCAUGAGAUCCAUGAGCUGCUGAGGGCAGUGAGGGAUGAGGAGGAGCAGAAGACAAAAGUGGAGCUGGCGAGCAAAGUGGUAGACUGGCAGUACCAGAAGCAGGGGCUUCAGUUUCAGAGCUUUGAUUCAAAGGCCAACUUCAAGCUUGAGCAAGCAUUGGAAAAGAAGCUACCGAAUGUAAAAGUUACAGUUCAGGGUCAAGACUACACAGUCACUAUGCCAAAGGGACCUGCUACUGAUAGCCAGGGACACACCCUGCAGAUAAAGCGCAUCGACAGACUGAAAGAUCAAGACACACCUGAGCACUGGGAUGCAAUGCCAGCCAACACCUCAUGCCAGGCGAUCACCAUUAAGGCUGGGACAGCAGAGCACACCGAAGUCCUGAAACUGUUCCAGAGCUCAUGCCAACGGCCCGUUAUUAAGAUCGAGAGGAUCCAGAACCCUGUGUUGUGGAAAAGCUUACAGAUCAAGAAGCAUGACAUGGAGGUGAGAAACAAGCAUCAGAACAACGAGAAACGCCUCUUUCACGGUACCUGUCACACCACUGUGGCCUACAUUAACGAACACGGCUUCAACAGGAGUUACGCAGGAAAGAAUGCUGCUUGUUACGGCAAUGGCACAUACUUUGCUGUCAAUGCCAGUUACUCUGCUCAAGACACCUACUCCAAGCCUAAUCAAAAUGGCGAGAAGUUCAUGUACCUUUGUCGAGUGCUGACGGGGGAUUUCACCACUGGACAACAAAACAUGAUCACACCACCGGCCAAGGGCCCCGUCUCCAUUCAGAAGUACGACAGCGUUGUAGACAACCUGGCCAAACCCACCAUGUACAUUAUCUUCCACGACAGCCAGGCUUGUCCUGAAUAUUUGAUUACAUUCAAGUGACAGCCAUGAACUGAGACAGCAAAAUAAUUCCUUACAUUUGUAAGUUGUUGUUUCAAAUGCUGUUUGCCACGAAUUGUCAGCUGAUAUUUUUUUUCUGAGGUAUUUGGUUUAAAUUGCCAAUUAUUGCCGUAAUAUAGUACGUACUUUCUUUACAAGAGUCAGAAGAGAAAGUAUUAGAAGUCAGAUCCAUAUAGUGCCUUGAAAUAUCUCUGCCAUACUACAGAAUAACUGUGCGAGAUAAAAUCAGAGAAGGAAAAGAAAAUUAGAGGGUUGUCGAAACAAAUUGUUGCCUAUAUGUUUUGCACUUGGUAAUCACACUGAGCUUUGUACACUGUUUGCAGUUGGUGUGAGACUGAUGGAAAGCACCUGCACUGUUACAGGCAAUCAUGGGAUAAUAAAAGAUAAUAAACACUUGCCUGUGUAGGAAUGCAUAUAUCAGGUUAACAAUUACUUUAGGUUUUGAGGGGAAACCUGCAAAGGUAACUGCUGUUCCAGUUAACAAACAUGUACCACAAAAGUUCAUACUAGCACAAUGUUUUGUUUUUUUUGUAUAAUAAAGUUAAUUAUUCCAGCUAUGAA